AUGUUGCACAGAACAUCCUCUUCGAGAAGACGUAGGGCGUCACGGAGUGCUGCUACUUCCCCUCAAACUAGAUCUCCGAGGCCAUCAGCCCAAUCUUCUCGACGCGCAUCACUAGCAACUACAGAAACGGACGAUGAACUCGAACCUCCACCACAAAGAAGUCCACGAGCAAGUUUAGCCCCUGAUGCUGCAUUAGAUACAUAUCAUAGGAGUCCUCGUCACUCUCUAGUUCCUGAGACAAGAUCAGCAAGAAAUUCUAUUACACCAGAAACAGCAAUAGUCAGAAAUACUUUGGCACCUUCUAGAAAUAAUUUAGCAGUAGAUCAGGCAUAUGGAUCACGGCUGAGCCUUAAUCCUCAAGAUUUUAACAGAAGUCCAAGAAAUAGCAUAACUCCUGAUAUAGCAGCUAGAAGUCCAAGAAGAAGUUUGGUUCCAGAAGGGACAUCUUGGAACCAACCAAGAAAUUCUUUGGUACCAGAUGUAGGUAGAAGUCCUCGACAUUCUGUUGCAAGCAUACAAAUCGACCCUGCCAGGACUCAAAAAGAAUUAGGUCCAAGUCCAAGAACUAGUCCAAGGGGAAGCAUAGCACCUGAUAGCUUAAAAAAGGAAUUUCCUGAAAUCAAUAGAAGCCCAAGAGGGUCGUUGAUUCCGGAAUCACAAAGAAGUCCGCGUGGCAGUAUAGCUCCAUCUGAGAGGAGCGCCAGGGGUAGCUUGGUUACAGGUGAAGUAGAUACUGCGAGAAUAAGCCCAAGAGGCAGCCUUACUCUUACUUUUCAAGAACCACUGGUAUCCAGAGAGCGGCGACCAAGUGAAGACAGUCAAUGUGCUGGUAAUAGAGGCCGGAGUGUCUCUCCAUACAGAGCUUCUGUUGGUGGCCGUCAGAGUGGGACCGGUGGCUUAUCAGAUACUGGGUCUAGAAGAGCUUCCAGUUCCGUUAGCCAAGUAUCGGGAGAUGAGCAACGAAGAUUAUGUGGGGAGCAUGCGAAAUACAGCGACAGAACUGGCUUGGGUUUAGGCGUUGGUCUCACCACCUACGGAUCAGUCGCAUACCAACUGAAAGAUGCAAAUAUGGAAGCAUCGGGAACAGUGGAUUUCGUAUGCCGUGCAGCAAAAAUUAUGAACAGAACCAUCGUGAUGACCGUGUUCCUGGCCUGCCUGUCCACUUUACCAGUCAUCAUGCUUAUUAUGGGUGUCCAAUACAUUCGUGACUGUCCAGCUGAGCCUCGGAUCCCAGUGUACAUGGUGGUCGGUGGUGCCGCAGGAGGUGUUGGCAUAUGCUGGCUGCUCUGGGCUCAACUCGCAAUCACAAGCUCUAACUCUAAUGCGAGUGUCCCAGAGCGAGUUCUCGCUUAUACACUCACUAUAUUCCUCAUGGGAUGGUUUGCGUGCGGCAACUACUGGACACUCGAGAUCAUGUGGCCGGACUAUGCACCGACUUUGUUCGAACCAAAUCAAUGGUGCCAUAGAACACUGUACGUGUUCGCUUUGACCCAGCUCAGCGUGGUGUGGGGGGUGAUGGCAUUAAUUCUCUUGCUGUUGCUCGCUCUUGUCAUUUGCCAAAUAUUCGGCUGUGGUUGGCUGGGACCACCAAGGUAUAAG